UAACACAAAUUGUUAAAGAUUUUACAGUCUGCAAAGGGUCGCGCGCUACGUCAAAAUGUCUUUCACUAUUUACUUUGCGAUUUCUGCAUUGUUCCAACUUUACGCAACUGAUUUUUCUCUGGCUACUGAACCGGUUUGUUCCAAAUUUUCUUACGAGGAAAAACUCCUCGAGAAAAUGAUACGCACAGAGAUUAAAGUAGAAACAAUUCACAACGAAAUAAAGAAAACAGAAGAAACUGUCAGGAAUACUCUUGUAGAAAUAAAGAACACAGCGCUGGAAAUUCACGAUAAGUUCGAGAGCUUCAGAAAUAAUCUUACGGGAGAAACUGCAGCACAAAUAAAGGCAUUAGAGGAAAAGGAAGAUCAACUCGAAAACAUAUUUGACGAGCUGAAAAUCAAUCUCACGAUGAAAGUUGGAAACGAAAUGGACAGCUUGGCAAAGCUUAAAGAAACAGUUUUACAACCAAGUAUAGCAUUUCAUGUUCACAAUGUCAAGGACUUUGUCCUUGAUACCACAAACGAAGUUCUAGUGUUUGAAAGUAUAAUUACAAACGAAGGAUCAGGGUAUGACAAAACAACAGGGAUCUUCACAGCGCCUAUUGCGGGAGUUUUUUUCUUUUCUGUACAUGUUUGUACUACAAAGGCAAAAUUUUCUCCUAUUGGACUAGUCUUGAAUGGUACAUUCAUUGCAAAAUCGGUAAAUCGCGACGACGAUAAUCAUACUUGCGGCUCGGUUUCGGCUAUUGUUAAAAUGAAACCAGAAGGAAAGGUUUGGGUUACAUGUACAGCUAGUAGCUCCACUUACGUUUUAAAAGGAGAUGACGCUAACCAUAUGAAUACUUUCAGUGGAAUGCUAAUAAGCAAAUAGAACAAACAUCUUUUUGUUUAAUACCAAUUUACUAGCAUUUAUUUUAUAAUAAUACAACGCUUUUCUUUGAUCAGCACAGUGCAGUUAUUUUAGGCAGUGACAUCUAUGUGCAAGUCUUGCAUCCGACUUAACAAUUAUUUAUAUAAUUCAAAACAACCUAGAUGGUUAUUGCUUAACGAAAAGUAACAUAUUGUAUACGCUGUUUUUUUAAUAAAAAAAUCACACAGUUUCAUAUAAACCGUGUCAACUUCCCACCAGUUACUACUUCGCCGUUUUAGAAUAUUAAAGAUACGGCUACGCAAGAUUUAGUUUGUAACUUCGCCCGUCUGAAAUCGAAUACAACCGAUUAGUAUUGAUCUAGCAGUUUCAAAAUUGUGUGUAUCAAUGCGAAUUCAUUACGCAAAUUUGCAAAUUUUAGAUUUCGUAGCCCUACUCAUACAUAAGCAUAACUUUUUACGAUUCUACAUAACCAGACUUCAAUCAAAAUGUUCCAUACUUUUAAGA